AUGUCACACCAUACAAAAGAAAAGCCUCACCAAUGUCCUCACUGUGAAUAUGGGGCCGUACAACCUGGAAAUUUACGAACUCACAUUAUGAUCCAUCAUACUAAAGAAAAACCUCACCAGUGCCCUCAUUGUGAAUAUAGAGCUGUACAAUUAGUUCAAAUCAAAACACACAUAAUGACACAUCAUACUAAUGAGAAACCUUAUCAGUGUUCACAUUGCGAAUAUAAAAGUGCUAUAGCAGGGAACUUGAAAACUCACAUUAUUGCUCAUCAUUCCAAAGAGAAACCUUUUCAUUGUAAUGAUUGUGAAUAUAGUUCUGCCUACAGAGCAAACUUAAAAACUCACAUUAUGGUUCACCAUACAAAAGAAAAACCCCACAAGUGCCCACAUUGUGAAUAUUCUACUGUCCUACCUGGCAACUUAAAAACACAUAUUAUAAUCCAUCAUACAAAAGAGAAGCCACAUGUCUGCCCAUACUGUGAAUAUUGUGCUGCUCUGGCAGUGCAGUUAAAAAAUCACAUUCGCAUUCAUCACACUCUUGAAAAACCCCAUCAGUGUCCCCAUUGCGAGUACACUGCAGCUCAUGCUGUCAAUUUAAAAACACAUAUAAUGGCCCUUCAUACUAAGGAAAAGCCUCAUAAAUGUCCACAUUGUGAAUACCGAGCUGUUCAAGCUGGCAAUCUUAAAUUUCACAUAAUGUCCCAUCAUACUAAAGAAAAACCCUACAAAUGUCCUCAGUGUGACUAUAGUACUGCACAUACUGGAAACUUAAAGACUCACAUAUUGGUUCAUCAUACCAAGGAAAAACCGCACCAAUGCCCCUACUGCGAUUAUAAGGCUGCUCAAAUAGUCCAAGUCAAAACACACAUUAUGUCACAUCAUACAAUGGAGAAGCCACAUCAUUGUCCUCAUUGUGAUUAUAGAGCUGUACAGCCUGGAAAUUUAAAAACUCAUAUAAUGGUACAUCAUACAAAAGAAAAACCUUUACAGUGCCCGCAAUGUGAAUAUAGGACAGUCCAAGCUGGUAACUUACGAACACACAUUAUGGUCCAUCAUACUAAAGAGAAACCUCAUCAAUGCCCACAUUGUGAGUAUAAAGCUGUUCAACCUGGCAAUUUAAAAACACACAUUAUGUCACAGCACACUAAAGAGAAACCCUUCCAAUGCCCCUUUUGUGAUUAUAAAGCUGUUCAGGCUGCACAAGUGAAAACACACGUCAUGGCUCAUCAUACCCACGAAAAGCCCCACCAAUGCCCUCACUGUGAAUACAGAGCCGUUCAAUUUGUCCAGAUCAGAACACAUGUUAUGACCCAUCAUACUCAUGAGAAACCCCAGCAGUGUCCGCAUUGUGAUUAUAAAUGUGUUCAAGCUGGUAAUUUGAAAACACACAUCAUGGCUCAUCAUACUAAAGAAAAGCCACUUCAGUGCCCUUAUUGUAAGUUCAGAGCUGUACAGAGUGGGAAUCUAAGAUUACACAUCAUGGCUCUUCAUACAAAAGAGAAACCUCAUCAAUGUCCAUAUUGUGGUUAUCGAACUGUUCAGAGUGGAAAUUUGAAAAAACAUAUUACUAAUUAUCAUAGUAAAAAUGGUGAAAUUCUUAGUUAUUUAUUGAGGAGUUUGGACCAGAAUACAGAAAAAGUAGAAAAUUAG